AUCGCCUUUCGAGAUUGCAACACGAACAUUUCCCCACUUGUGCGGUUUGUCAACGGUCUAUUCUACUAGUCGUCGUAACCUAUGUUGAUAGUCUACCACCAACCCAAUUUCAUUCAUUUGGGCCCGUUGAGAGGCAAAAGGGUUCUGUUGCUACUAGUAGGCUACAUACAAACGUUGCGUUGCAGGAAGAAGACGGCUCUUUUUUAAAAGCAGUGUCUCUUGACGCUUUUGUUCCGUGUUUAAAAAAAAAUGUAUGUCUGAUCUAUUCGUCUCUAGGGUGGGUGGUGUCACAGUAGUACUACAAUGAUCGAACGACCAGAAUCUGCAGUUGCCAGCAUUGCACAGAGGAAUCUGGAGGGGUAUGUGGGGUUCGCCAACCUCCCAAACCAGGUGUACAGGAAGUCAGUGAAGAGGGGCUUUGAGUUCACACUAAUGGUUGUUGGUGAGUCAGGAUUGGGGAAAUCCACACUCAUCAACUCCCUCUUCCUGACUGACCUGUACUCCAAGGAUUACCCAGGGCCAUCCCUACGGAUCAAGAAGACUGUUCAGGUGGAGCAGUCCAAGGUUCUGGUGAAGGAAGGGGGUGUCCAACUCACUCUCACCAUCGUCGAUACACCAGGGUUCGGAGAUGCAGUGGAUAAUAGUAACUGCUGGCAGCCUGUCAUUAACUACAUUGACAGUAAGUGUGAGGACUUCCUGAAUGCGGAGUCCAGGGUGAACCGAAGACUGAUGCCAGACAACAGGGUUCACUGCUGCCUGUACUUCAUCGCCCCCUCUGGCCAUGGGCUAAAGCCCCUGGACAUUGAGUUUAUGAAGCGUCUCCAUGACAAGGUCAACGUGAUCCCUCUCAUCGCCAAGGCAGACACCCUGACACCUGAGGAAUGCCAGCUAUUCAAGAAACAGAUCAUGAAGGAAAUCCAAGAACACAAGAUCCAGAUCUACGAGUUUCCUGACAUAGAGGACGAUGAGGACAGCAAGCUUAUCCGGAAGAUCAAGGAGCGGAUGCCUCUGGCAGUGGUUGGCAGCAAUGUGGUGAUCGAAGUAAACGGCAGGAAGGUCAGAGGUCGUCAGUACCCCUGGGGCGUGGCAGAAGAGGGCAUUUUUGUGGAGAACGGGGAGCACUGUGACUUUACUGUCUUACGGAACAUGCUGAUCAGGACCCAUAUGCAAGAUCUGAAGGAUGUGACUAACAACGUCCACUAUGAGAACUACCGCAGCAGGAAGCUUGCUGCCGUCACCUGCAAUGGAGGAGUGGACACCAGCAAGACCAAGAACCAAAUGACCAGGAGCCCCCUGGCCCAGAUGGAGGAGGAGCGGAGGGAACAUGUCAUGAAGAUGAAGAAGAUGGAGACUGAGAUGGAGCAGGUGUUUGAGAUGAAGGUCAAGGAGAAGAAACAGAAACUGAAGGACUCUGAGGCCGAGCUGGAGCGACGCCACGAGCAGAUGAAAAAGAACUUGGAGGCUCAGUAUAAGGAACUGGAGGAGAAGAAGCGUCACCAUGAGGAAGAGAAGUCAAACUGGGAGGCACAGCAACGUAUACUGGAGCAGCAGAAACUUGACGCUUCUAAGACCAUGGAAAAGAACAAAAAGAAAGGAAAAAUAUUUUAAGAGUUGAACCUAUUCCUCCAAUGAAAUAUUACAAACUUGUUUUUACAUCCUUUUAGAUCUGUAACCCGCAAACCACACCACACACACACACAUAAUGUACUAUAGUAGACAUUCCAUACCAACAUUCCAAAUGUAUGUUUCUCUUGCAGUACAUGUCAGACAUGGACCUCACACACCCCAAUUACUCACUCUCAUACAGUACAUACAACACACCCCAAUUACUCACUCUCAUACAGUACAUACAACACACCCCAAUUACUCACU